AUGGAACGGAAAACAGGAACCCAACCCAGUGACUAUCCUAUCAUUCUUCAGCAUCCUUCAUUCUCCGAGGCUUCAACAUCUCGCAAAAUCUUAAACAGGGGAAGAAAUAGGAAAAGCAAACCCGGCGAUGUGCAUUGGGGAUGAUGGCGGUAGGGAAGCAGGCUCAAGGCAGUGGUGGUGGUGGUCAUAGUGGGCGGUGGAAGACCCUGAGAGCGCAUGCGUGAAACACCGAUAUCGAGAGAACGGGACGGCACGGCGAGCGGAGGCUACCACUGUGUCUGUGUCGGGUGUCGCAAGCGCGCUCUCUCUCUCCACUCUCCCUCCUCUCACUCCAGCGGGAUAUUUAGGAGUGAAAAUGGCGGUGGAGGGUGGCUGUGAGGUGGUGAGGCGGUGGUGACUGUCUCCACUGCUCCGCCAACACCACGAGAGGCUGUGAGAGGGGUGACGUAGGGAAUUCUUUGGGAGUUCGAAGUCCCCAGAAGCGUCGCCAACCCACGGCCCGCCUCCCUCGCUCUCUCUCUCGCGGGCUCUCUGCGAUCAAUCAUUAGUGCGCUGGUGGAAGCCAUCUUGUUUUACAGCCGCCAACAUGUCUUCAGUCAAGGUCGCGGUGCGGGUUCGCCCGUUCAACAACCGCGAGAUCGUGCGGGAGAGCAAGUGUAUCAUAGAGAUGGGCGGCAAGACGACCAUCAUCACCAACCCCAAGGCCCCUCCAGGAAGCAAGGAUGGAAGCAAAAGUUUCAACUUCGACUACUCCUACUGGUCUCAUGACGUUACCGACCCAACUUUCGCCUCCCAGCAGGACGUAUUCAGAGACAUUGGAGAGGAGAUGCUUCAACACGCCUUUGAUGGGUACAAUGUGUGCAUCUUCGCCUAUGGACAGACAGGUGCCGGGAAGUCCUACACGAUGAUGGGCAAGCAGGAGGAGGGGCAGGAGGGCAUCAUUCCCCUCAUCUGCAAGGACAUGUUCAACCGCAUUGCCGACUCCACCGAUGAUGAGCUGCAGUAUUCGGUGGAGGUGAGCUACAUGGAGAUCUACUGUGAGCGCGUGAGGGACCUCCUGAACCCGAAGAAGCAUAAUAACCUAAGGGUCCGAGAACACCCUUUGCUUGGCCCCUACGUUGAGGACCUCGCCAAACUUGCAGUCACCACCUACGAGGACAUCCAGAACCUGAUUGACGAGGGGAACAAAGCCAGGACAGUCGCAGCCACAAACAUGAACGAGACCUCUUCCCGCUCCCAUGCCGUGUUCACCAUCGUACUGACCCAGCAGCGCGAUGACUCCACCACCAAGCUGACCACUGAACGCGUCUCUAAGAUCUCCCUGGUUGACUUGGCCGGGUCCGAGCGCGCCGACUCUACAGGGGCGAAAGGAACCCGCCUGAAGGAGGGCGCCAAUAUCAACAAGUCCCUCACCACCCUCGGAAAGGUCAUCUCCGGACUCGCUGAGGUGGCCUCAAAACCCAACACCAACAAAAAGCGAAAAGGAGAGUUCAUCCCCUACCGUGACUCCGUGCUGACCUGGCUGCUGAGGGAGAACCUUGGCGGGAACAGCAAGACCGCUAUGGUGGCCGCGAUCUCCCCCGCCGAUAUUAACUAUGACGAGACGCUCUCCACCCUCAGGUAUGCAGACAGGGCCAAGCAGAUCCGCUGUAACGCCGUGGUGAACGAGGACGCCAACGCCAAGCUGAUCCGAGAGCUGAAGGAGGAGAUUCAACGCCUCCGAGAGCUGCUCAAACAGGAGGGCAUUGAGGUCCAGGAAGCCGGCCAGGGAGAGAUCAAGUCUAACACUCGCAAUGACAACCGUCCUGCUAACCUGGGCUCAUGUCAGGAGAUCACCAAGGUCAUGAACAGCAAGAAUGACAAGGAGACACCACAGAUCACGUCCCCCGUCUCCACCGUGGCCGAGAAUGCCGUUGACCAGCUGCAGGCCAACGAGAAACUGAUUGCAGAACUGAACGAGACUUGGGAGGAGAAACUGAAGCGUACCGAGAGCAUCCGUCUGCAGCGGGAGGCGGUGUUCGCAGAGAUGGGCGUGGCUCUGAAGGAGGACGGCAACACGCUCGGAAUAUUCUCCCCGAAGAAGACUCCCCACCUGGUCAACCUGAACGAGGACCCAUCCAUGUCCGAAUGUCUACUUUACUACAUCAAGAACGGCUUCACCAAUGUGGGAUCGGCCGAGUCCAACAUCCCACAGGACAUUCAGCUCUGCGGCUCACAUAUCAUGCCCGAACACUGCCAGUUUGAGAACCAAGAAGGUGUGGUCCUACUGCACCCCAAACCGAAAGCCAUGGUCUACGUCAACGGCCGCGAGGUGGUUGAGCCGACCGUGCUGAAGACAGGCUCACGUGUUAUCCUCGGGAAGAACCACGUGUUCCGCUUCAACCACCCGGAGCAAGCCCGAGAGCGUCGCGAGACCAAAUCCCCUGCCGACACCCCGGGAUCAACCGAACCAGCUGAUUGGCAGUUCGCUCAGGUGGAGUUGCUGGAGAAACAAGGCAUUGAUCUGAAGGAGGAGAUGCAGAAGAGGCUUGUGGCCCUUGAGGAACAGUACCAGAAGGAGAAGGAAGCAGUGCAGAAGGAGUUUGACAAGGAGAGAAAGAACUACGAGGCGAGGAUUGACGCACUCCAGAAGCAGGUUGAGGAGCAGAGCAUGACCAUGUCCAUGUACUCCUGCAACAAUGAGGAGUUCCCACACGAUGAAGACAUAUUUGUAAACCCCUUGUUUGACGCAGAAUGCAACUGGGCGGUUCGGGAUUAUGCCUUAGCCUCCUGGGCAUUCCGCAAAUGGAAGUACCACCAGUUCACCUCCCUGCGAGAUGAUCUGUGGGGAAACGCUAUCUUCCUCAAAGAAGCCAAUGCCAUAUCUGUUGAACUGAAGAAGAAGGUUCAGUUCCAGUUUACGCUGCUCACCGAUACACUCUACUCUCCGCUGCCGCCGGACUUCCUGCCGCUGCUGGACGAGGAAGAGGAUGAAGAGGAUGACGAGGAGCGGCCCAUCCCUCGUACCAUCGUAGCCGUGGAAGUCCAGGACACGAAGAAUGGAGCCACACACUACUGGACCCUGGAGAAGCUGAGACAUCGUUUGGAGUUGAUGCGCCAGAUCUACAAUUCUGACGUAAGCCCAUGCUCCCCUCUGCCACCCUCCCCACCGCCGCCGCCUGCCACCUCGGAGCGUCCAGGGCGGGAGGAGGAGGUGCAGACGUGUAUCCCGGGCUGUAAUCAAGCCAAGCUCUCCCUCUCCCAGCUCCUGCCAACCAGACUCCUCAACUCGCGCAUACAGCGACUCGAGCUCAUGAGGGAGAUGUACCACAAUGAGGCGGAGCUGUCGCCCACCUCCCCCGACUACAACAUUGAAAGCCUCACAGGCGGGGACCCCUUCUACGACCGCUUCCCUUGGUUCAGGCUCGUCGGAAGAGGAUUCCUGUACCUGAGCAACCUGCUGUACCCAGUGCCACUGCUUCAUCGCGUGGCCAUCGUCAACGAGCGCGGCGACGUCAAGGGGUACCUCAAAGUGGCGGUGCAGGCUGUCAUCGUAUCUGAAGAAGACGCAGUAGAGAGUUCCCAGCCCGCCGGAGUGAGGCAGUCAGCCAGGAUAUCCUUCAACGAGGGUAACUUCAAGCGCCCCAGGGCCAAGCGAGGCUCCCUGUCGGCCCAGGUGCUGGAGAAGAACACAGCAGCGGCGGCGGAGGAGGAGCGCAUCGUGGAGGGACAAGUGGGGCCCAACGACUCCAUCAAACUUGAAGAUGAGGUGUGUGAGGUGGACAGCGGACGGGGCGACAGCAGUGCCAGUUCGUGCGACAGCGGCAAGUACGAGGACCUUCCGUCACACCUCCGCAUCGGCCAGGAGCUCACCUUCCGCGUCACUGUGCUUCAAGCUUUCGACGUGUCAACAGAGUACGCCGACAUCUUCUGCCAGUUCAACUUCCUGCACAGGCAUGACGAGGCAUUCUCCACCGAACCUGUCAAAAACACUGGCAAGGGACCCCCACUCGGCUUCUACCAUGUACAGAACAUCACCGUCACUGUGACCAAAGCCUUUAUUGACUACAUCAAGACCCAGCCCAUCGUGUUUGAGGUCUUCGGCCACUACCAGCAACACCCACUCCAUCGCGACUCACGCCAGGACGCCACACACUUUUUACCCCCCGGCGUACUACCUCACCCCGGCAGCUCUCGUGGCCCCCCCAAGAGGAUGCAGCCCCCAGCGAUCCCCAUCAGCCAGCCGAUUCGUUCCCCCAAGUUCGGCGUGAUGCAGUCUCCCUCAACCUCCCAUGUCCACGCCAGACACGACCUGCUUGUCUGGUUCGAGAUCUGUGAAUUAGCCCCAAGUGGUGAGUACGUCCCUGCUGUGGUGGAACACGGGGAUGACCUGCCCUGCCGUGGCCUGUUCCUGCUGCACCAAGGCAUCCAGCGUCGCAUUCGCAUCACAAUUGUGCACGAACAUUCCCAGGACCUUGUAUGGAGGGACGUACGAGAGCUGGUUGUUGGGCGUAUCCGCAGCACCCCAGAGAGCGAGGAUGACAAUAACGACGCCUCAGUCCUCUCCCUCGGCCUCUUCCCCGGCGAGUAUCUGGAGUACCCCGGAGAGGAUCGCACACUCUUCCGCUUCGAAGCCGCCUGGGAUUCGUCUCUCCACAACUCGGUGAUGCUCAACCGCGUCACUCCACCCGGCGAACACGUCUACAUGACCAUCUCGGCUUAUCUGGAGCUGGAGAACAACGCACAGCCAGCCAUCAUCACCAAGGACCUCUGCAUGGUGGUGUACGGCAGGGACUCACGCACCAUCCCUCGCUCCCUCCGGCACAUCUUCAGCGGGUCAUACAAGAACGCGGAGGCCAACAGGAUUUGCGGGGUCUAUGAAACAGUGCUGAAGCGUGCGGCCGAAGCAGGUAGCCCAGGCUUGCAGCGACGGCAGAGAAGAGUUCUGGACACGUCAUCCACAUACGUGCGCGGAGAGGAGAACCUACACGGAUGGAGGCCCAGAGGCGACUCCCUCAUCUUCGAGCACCAGUGGGAGUUGGAGAAGAUCACGCGCCUGACGCAGGUUGAGCGCACCCGACACUUCCUCCUGCUGCGGGAGAAGCUUGGCCUAGGCUCCACCCCGCACCCCAUCACACACCACCAUGACUUCACCAAGAGCGAGAAAGAGGUGGCCAACCAAGCCGCCAAAGCUGGGUGUGACGCCCGCGCUGCCCUCACCCGCUACUCCUCCCGUGACGGCCCCCAGACAGACUCCGACACCAUGAGCGACGCCGAGAGGGAAACGGCACAGAAGUUCGCACGGCUCAUGCAGCAGGGUCGGUCCGCCCAGGCCCUUGCCAAGCAGGAGACACCAGCCCAGACCCCCAAUGACGACCAGGACGCCCUCACCACCUCAGUAACCUCCUCUUGUUCUUCCAACGCCUCGGCCGAACUUUCAUCCCCCGAGAGGCCCCGCGCCCCCGUGCCGGAGCUUCACAUCGCCCUGGGUGGCAGCGCUGUGGUUAGCCACGACUCUCCGCCGACCAGCCCCGGCGACUCACAGGACUCCUCGCCCCUCGUGGAAUGCCGCUCCAUGCCUCUCUACGUGCCGGAGGUGGAGGAAAUCCGCAUCUCCCCGGUGGUUAGCAGAAAGGGCUACCUCAACGUGCUGGACGACCGCACCAACACGUGGAUCAAGAGAUGGGUGGUUGUCCGUCGCCCAUAUGUGUUCAUUUUCCGCGAUGAGAGGGACCCAGUGGAGCGCGGCCUCAUUAACCUGGCCACCGCGCAGAUCGAGUAUUCGGAGGACCAGCAGGCAAUGGUCCGCGUCAGGAAUUCCUUCAGUGUGGUCACCAAACAGAGGGGCUUCCUGCUGCAGACUCUGGGCGACAAGGAGGUGCAUGACUGGCUCUAUGCCAUCAACCCACUCCUGGCUGGGCAGAUCAGAUCAAAGUUGGGCCGCCGCAGCCGCCACACGUCGGGCGGCAGCCACCCCAGCACCCUCUCCGUGCCCGCCAAGUGAGGUGGCAGCCCUCCGCCACCACCACCACCCCACCCUCGGCCUCCUUUCGGCACCCCAACACCCGCGGCACCAUAGCAGAAGCCCCGGGCCGUGAUGCCACUCACCGCCACCACCACGACACCACUCCUGACCCUCUUCUCAAGCCAGAACGGAAGUGGGGAGUGGCUGAUGAUGCUGAUGAUGUAACUAACAGUACUACCACAUCUUAGUGUUUCAUGUAUGUGUCAACCAAACAAUACAUAAUACUACUGCUACUACUACUACUCCUACUACUACUACUACUACAGUAAAGGUAACACGUAUUACAGAAGCUAAUUAUGUACGUAGUCAUGUGCAAGAGGCCAGGACGACCUUACCUGUGGAGAAUUUAAGGUCAUUCAAGAUUUCAGUAGGGGGAACAUUCCUGCUCCUCCUCCUACUCCUCCUCCUUCCUCCUUCCUCCUCCUCCACCUCCUCCUUCAAGGUCACAAUGUGGUUUUUCAUCUUCAGGAGACUUGAUAAGUGUGGCUGGUAAGAAUAGUGACCAGGCUUGAGACGCUCCUUAGUUAGCCUGUCUGGCCUGACCAUCACCAUAUAUAUACUACCUAUAUUUUUUUCUGCCAACCCUCCCCUUAAUAAAAGCAUGUAAUAGCAGAGUACAGUACACUUGUCAUACUUACUUUAGUGUCUGAGAGAAAGAGAGAGAGAUAGGAUGCCUCAUUCUUCACAAAGGAUGGAAUCUUCUUAGUUUUGAAGGAUAUUCCAGAAACGGUUGCAUGAUGACUGUUUGUCCUCUAGCCCCUUAAGAUGACAAUACACUACAGUACUACUCCAGACUGAGCUUUAGAGAGUCACUGCAGAUCCCAUACUCAUCACCCCCAUCCCCUUCUUCAUAACAUAACUGACCCUGUAAAGCAUAACCUAACCUAACUUAACCUGUAAAUCCAUUCUCAGUAACCUAACCUAACUUAAUCCAUUCCCUGUAACCUAACCUAACUUAACCUAUGAACCCGUAACCUAACCUAACUUAACUUAACCCAUGAACCUUGUAAAUCUAUUCUCUGUAACCUAACCUAACUUAACCCAUGAACCUUGUAAAUCCAUUCCCUGUAACCUAAUUUAACCUGAACCUAACCUAACCUAACUUAACCCAUGACUCUGUACAUCCAUUCCAUAGUCCCUGUAACCUAACCUAACUUAUCCUAUGAACCUUGUAAGUCCAUUCCACGUCACCCAACCCACCCGAACCUCUCCUAACUUAUGGCCCUGUAAAGACAUUCCACGUAAACUAACCUAACCAAAACUUAACUUAUGAGCCCGUAAAUCCAGUUCACCUCCUUGCAAAGCCCCACAUGCCUCACCCCUUCCCUUAUUCAUUCCGGCUAUGUGACUUGUUCCCCUCCUCCUCCUCUUCCCCGUUUGCUACCUCCUCCUCCUCCUCCUCACCCAUUCCCCUUUCUGGCUACGUGUCCUGUUUCCUUCCUCCUCCUCCUCCUCCUCCUCCGUACAGCUGUUCAGUAAGCAAUGACAAAUAAUAGUUUCUAAAUCAUUUUUGUCCUCUCUACGCACUUGUUGGCUGUUGUUGAUGUUCAUUUGGGCCCAUAACCAGUGUCACUUAGUGCUAAUGUGAUCUUUGACGACUUGGUGAUUAUUGCUAUUAUUAUUAUUAUUAUUAUUGUUAUCAUUAUUAUUAUUGGUGAAUUGGCACCGUAUUAUAUUGGUGAGACACAUACACACUCACACACACGGAGACAGGACCACACGAGCAUAAGCCCAGGCCCUAUAAAACUACAACUAGGUAAAUACAAUUAGGUAAAUACAUGGACAUUUAUUGCUCACUGAAGGAACAGAAUCUCGGCUUACGUGUAUAGAAUUAUUUUAUAUGUACAUUUUAUUUUCGUAUGUAUUUGUUUACCAGAUUUUAGAUACCAAUCUUGCUUCCUUGUGUCUUGAUAUAACUUCCCCUCCUCUUUUCCUAUCUCCUUAUGCCGUUUCCCGUCUGUAAACCUAGUCAAGAGUUGUGGCAUAUCAUUGUUUAAAAAGGGAUGAAAACGAUAUAUUAGCGCGAAGAACACCCACGGAACAGUUCUUUUAAGGUGUCUCUCCCUCCGCUCCCUCUCUCCCUUCCUCAAUCACUCACUCAGGAUAACACUAGUGAAUUUAGGAAGUAUUAUUACUUGUAUUUUUGCUUUUUUUAUGUCUUCUUUCGACUGUACUUGCCAGUUUGCUUGUUUGCGUUUUGUUUCGUUGAAGGUGAGGAGAGGGAGAUGGGCAGGGCAUGGAUAAGGAGGGAGAGGUGAGGUAGAUUUGGGGGUAUGUGAGUGUGACGUUAGGUACACACACACACGCACACACACACACAUUCGCAAACUUUCGGAUUUUACGUGGAAGAAAAAGCUUAUUCCAGUGGUGAAUUUGUGGAGUCAGUCACGGCAUUGGUAGGUAGGUACUUAGGUAAGGAAAUGAUAUACAGGUGACCCACACUUCGGCAAAUUCACACACACAGAGUCACACACACACACACACCUACACUCUCUUGUUCGUUCAUUGUAAAUCGCAUUAUUAUUAUCAUUAUUAUUACUAUUUAUUAUUAUUAUUAUUACGAGAGAGCACCAGCAUUCGUUCUGCCUGAGAGGUAGACUUGUGUAAAUUGAAUCGUUCUGAGUUGUGAUAUAUAUAAAUAAAAAAAGUACUAUAAAUAUAUAAUAAGUAAGGCUAUAUAUAUACAUGUAUGAAUAGGAGGCACACACGUCAGGAGAGUUGAAGGUUUAUAACAAUGCAAAAGAUGGCAGGCCUGUUUUUGUCCCCUUUUUUCAUGUGUGAGUGUGAGCAAGGGGCGGCUUUAAACAGUAAGGUUAUACGCUUUAGAUUUUUCCCCGUAGCGACCUAGCGAGGAACAUUCCACAGCCCCCGACCCUCUUCAGCAUACGUACGAAGAUAAUCAAAGGAACUGCCGCUACGUAAACAAGGUCCAACACUCACACACGACGACACGAACAAAGAAACCAGUGAAUUAGCGCACACCAGUUUAGGAGACCCGAAGGAAACACGAUGAAUGAGUUGAAUAGGAUGAAUAAUAAAGUGAUACAUGUAAAGACGAGACUCAGACUCCUCACGGCUAGAUUCACACAAGGUGCUGACAACCAAGCGAAACCAACCAACGUAGAUCAACCGAAACCAGCUGACAGACAGAUUGGCGUGAAAUGCACCACCACCAACACGGCUGCCACCACCACCACCACCACCACCACUACCACCGCUGCAAUAUCUGGGCCACACACACCCACACUUACACGGAUCAGCGCGCCUGCACAAAAAAUGAGCUUUAUGGUGAGACACGGAAGCCUGGCAGCUCUUUUUUUCUUCCCUCGCUACGCCAGUUCAGGGCAGCGAAAGGUGUUGGUCGUGUGAUCUGGCCCUGGGACCCUAAACUUACCUGUUCUUGAUCCUGUUUUUCCUCUUCCUUCUCCUCCUCAUCCUCUCUCAUUUCCCUGUCUUCUUUUUCCUUCUCGUCCUUUUCCUCUCAUAUUUUAUCUUCCUUUCCCUGUUCUCUUUUUCUCUUACUCCUUAACCCAUCUCUGUGCAACCCUUCUUUUAUCCUUCAUGUUCCUUUCUCUCUCUCUUCUCCCUUCUCCCAUUCCCUCCCAUUACUCCUUUCCCUUCCUUCCCCCACCCUGUUUAUCCUCCCUGUUAUUUCCUCCUCUUCUCUUUCUUCCUCUUCCCUCUAUCUUCUCCCAUCCCUACUCAAUCCCUCCUCUCCCCACCCUCACCCCCUCACCCUCCCAGGCCACUUGCUCUCCCAUAGGUCUGUCAGUGCUAGUGUUUUGCCCCUGUGAUGUACCCUCGGGAAGGAUCAACUCUUGCCUUGCUGUGUGAGACCUAAAGUUAGCGAAGGAUCAAUCAGCUCUUGCCUUGCUAAGCGGGACGAAGCUAGCUAGCCUGUGAGACCCCUCUAUAUCCCCCUUGAGACAUGUCAUUUUCAGCCUUAAAAGGGCUUUCAGUAAGGAGGCAUUCACUUGGUCAGACAGAGUAUUAGACUUACUGGAUGAAGAUAUUUUUUUGGUUUGAAUACUAUACUUAACUCGAGUCUGCUGACGACUAUUAUUAUUGUGUAUAUCAUGUGAUGUACCACUUCUUCAUUUACUUCCUCCCCCCCCUUCUCCUCCCCUUGUAGAAACUUGUCAUAACAUAAACGGUAGAGUGAGAGAGCGAGAAAGAGACAGACAGACAGAUCAUUAUCACUAUCAGGAUGUUAUUAACCUGGUGACUAAAUGAUAUGAAACCAAAGAUGUUAGUCGGUAAGAAUAAGCGUAUCUUUAUCUAGUCACGAGCAUCACCAUUACACACCAAGGUAGACGUUUAUGUUACCAAGAUAAUGUAUAUUGUUUUCGCUGAGUUGCCCGUUUGUUUAUCCAUAUUCAAGAGUUUAAAAAUUUUCAUCAGAUUACAAUGAUGAAAAAAAGGAGCGAUGGAGGAUGUCCGCCGCCUCUGGACCUUUACGGUUCUCGAUAUUAUUUUUUUUAAGAAAAUUGCAAUUUGGAUAUUAACUAGCUAGUGAUAUUAUGUUAUGAUAGAGUAUAUCUCAAACAGUUAUUUAUGAAACUCACUGUAAAGCUUGAUGUUUACAAUGAUAUGGCCAAAUGUAAUAACUCA